GCAACUCGUCAUUAAUCAUGAAACCAAAUUGAUGCCCAGUUUUCUUUUCCUAUGAGCUCAAAUGUCAGAAUUACCUGAAAUGCCACAUACGUCCUCUUACUUUCCGUUCAUUGAACGUCUCAUUCUGGUCCACAUUUGAUAUUUGAUGGGAACUUUAAAGGCUCAGUUGGCCGAGGGUGAGACAGCACUGCGCAGCUGAGGGUGACGCUUUCUGCCUUUUGCUCUUGUGUGAUUUAUUGCAUGAUUGUGUGUUUGCCUGUGAGAGCGAGCGUGUUAGAUACCUGCCUGAUUGUUUGCUUAGUAUGCAGAAAUAAAAGCUGCAAGAAAAAGAAAAAAUCAAUAUCAAUGUGGAGGAAAGGUGUGGAAGCGAACUUGACCUAUUUUUCGUACACUUUGUACUUAGAUUACAGGUAUACGUAGUCAUGUAAUCUCUGCUGUGUGUGUUUCCGGCAGUGUUGUUUAAUCUGCGUGCUGUUGGAGGUGGUGAAAUGCACAAGCAGGGUGACUUUGGGAAACUGGAUCUCCACUCUCAGCAGCUCGUCUAUCCCUGAUUCACUGUCGUAGCAACGCUGUCGCCUGCUCUUAAUUAUGCAUGCAAUCUCUUUCUUUCCUUUUCAUUUGGAACCCUCACCAUAUGAAGCGGUUCCACGUUGCGUAGCGCGCGUCUUUGAUUCUGCGGCUUCGGGCCGCGUGGGUUCAUCCUCCGUAACAGAAUUAAGUGUCACCGUUUUAAGAGGAGCCGUCCCGCGAUUCUGGCAGGCACUCCGUCUCCUGCUCCUCUCUCUCUCUCUGUCUCUCUCUUCCUGGCUUAGCGUCUUUACCUCUCCUCUCCCAUGAGCUCAUUGUGAUGCACACCUUCUGCGGUGUAAAUGACCUUCAGAAUUGACCUUCAGAGAACAUUUCAUCUGCCGUCUCUGCUCAUCACCUGUUUGAACACGCUGUUCCCUCACAGAGCUCGGCCCACCCCCCCUUUUGCUUUUAGGUUUAUUUAUUCAUUUAGUGUUUUAUUUUACAGAAGUCUGUGACAGAUUCAAGAGCAGGAAAGAGGGAGGGAUUUGCCAUGGGGGGGCUAGUAAAAGUAAAAGUGUCGCAGGAUGCAAUUUUUCCACCAAAAGUGGUUAUAAACGAGUUUGAAUUAGCGUUGACUUCAGGAAGAAGAUAUGAGGGUGUUUGCCUGUGCAGGAAAAGGUGAUAAAUAAUUUAUUGGAUGAGAUGAGUGUUGGAGACGGAGAGAGAGAGAGCAUGUCAGGCCGGUGAAUACUGCAGCCUCAGCUGGAUGCGGAGGAUCAGCUGCUCCCUCCAUCCCCAUCUCAUUUCUCUUCUGUCAGCCCCCCCACCUCUCCCAUGCUGCUCACCCCUCCUCCCUGCUCUCUCUGCCUCUCCCUCCUCCUCCUCCUCUUCUCUGUGCACCUCCAGCUUCAGUAGCAGCAGUCUUGAGCAUCUUUGCUGCUGCUAUAAAUAUCUGUGGGCAGCCAUAGCGCGGUAGAGAGCAGCAGGCAGGCCGGAGGGAGGAGCACAGGACAGGACAGAGCGAGGGGGACCUGAGGCAGACGGGACAGCGAGAUGACGGGCGGUCGAGCCCCAAAGAGAAGAAGGGGAGAGAAAGGGAGAGGUGGAGCUGCAGGAAUGUGCGCUUUAUUAUGCAUUCAUGGCUUGUUAGACUUGGCUGGAUCUGGGAAUCCGAUUCGGGCCUAAACUUCAUCUGGACUAUAUUCAGGCAGCUGCGCUAGGACUGAGCCGAGUUAGCGCGAGCGUUCAACGUCGGAGGCUGGGAACGGACUUUAACCGUGCCGGACGCAAAACCCAACUCCAAGCAGGCUGCCGGGUUUGUUGGUGUUCAUGUGGACAUGCGGGCCGGUGCGGGCCGGGGCGGGGCUGAGAUGUCAUGCUCCUGUGUUGCUGGUGGUGCCUGAGGCCCGAGGCGGUGGAGCUGGAAAGCAGGAGGGUGGACCACCGCGUGCUGAGCUGUGAAGUCCCCGCCUCCACCACCAUCUCAGCAGUGUCCUUUGACCAGUGGGAGCCCGAGACGGCCAGCGCGGCCCUGCCGACCUCCCAGAGUGUGAAGAAUUCAAGCUACAGUUUGCCAUCCUACCACCCCUACAGCAACAGCUAUAACUACCCAGACCAGAGCAGACCGAGUGAGCGCUCAGGCCUCUGUGGACUAUCCAACCUGGGCAACACCUGUUUCAUGAACUCUGCUGUGCAGUGUUUAAGCAAUAUCCCUCCCCUGACGGAGUACUUCCUCAAAGACAAAUACACAGAGGAGCUGAACGAGGACAACCCCCUGGGGAUGAAAGGGGAGAUCGCCAGAGCCUGGGCAGAACUGGGCAAGCAGCUGUGGUCGGGGAAAUACAGCUACGUCACCCCAAGACCUUUCAAGACCCAAGUGGGCCGCUUUGCACCUCAGUUCUCCGGCUACCAGCAGCAGGACUCCCAUGAGCUUCUAGCCUUCCUCCUCGACGGCCUUCACGAGGACUUGAACCGCAUCAGGAAGAAGCCCUACAUCCAGCUCAAAGACGCAAACGGGCGGCCCGACAAGGUCGUAGCGGAGGAGGCGUGGGAGAACCACAUCAAGAGGAACGAUUCCAUCAUCGUGGACAUUUUCCACGGCCUUUUCAAGUCCACACUAGUGUGUCCCGUCUGCUCAAAGGUCUCCGUGACCUUUGAUCCUUUCUGCUACUUGACGCUGCCACUGCCCAUGAAGAAGGAGCGGACACUGGAGGUCUAUUUGGUCAGACUGGACCCUCUGGCUAAACCCACACAGUACAAACUGACGGUGCCAAAGGUGGGCUACAUCUCUGACCUUUGUACUUCCCUCUCCAUCCUGUCUGAGGUGCCUGCUGAGAAGAUGAUUGUAACUGACAUCUACAACCACCGUUUCCACCGGAUCUUUGCCACAAACGAGAACCUGAGCAGCAUCAUGGAGCGAGAUGAUAUUUAUGUCUUUGAGGUGGCGGUGAACCGAGUCGAGGACACGGAUCACGUAGUAAUCCCGGUCCACUUGAGGGAAAAGUACAAGCAGUCGGGGUACAACCACACGAGCACGCCGCUGUUCGGUCAGCCCUUCCUCAUCGCCGUCCCCAGAACCCUGAGUGAAGACAAACUCUACAACAUGCUGCUUCUGCGCCUCUGCCGGUUUGUGCAAUCUUCUGUAGAGGAAGACGAGGACGACUCUGAAGAAACGCAACCAACUAAACCACACACUGUUAACGGAAAUGCCACUAACGGACUGCUGGAGGAAGGUUCGCCAAGUGAGAUGGAGACGGACGAGCAGGACGACGAGUCCAGCCAGGACCAGGAGCUGCCGUCCGAGAACGAAAACAGCCAGUCCGAGGAUUCGGUGGGCGGCGACAACGAACUGGAGAACGGCGUGGGCGGCCCGCAGGCCCCCGCCAAAGCACAGCAAACCCCGGGGCACAACAGGAAGAGAUUUUUUACAUUCCAGUUCAAUAACAUGGGCAAAACAGACUUCUCGCUCAUCAAGGAGGACAGCCGGCAGAUCCGCUUCGACGAAGGACACCUCAGACUGAGCGACCGCUCGUAUCUGUCGUUGGACUGGGAACCGGAGUUCAAAAAGAAGUAUUUCGACGAGACUGCUGUCGAGGACUUUGACAAGCACGAGAGCAUGGAGUACAAGCCUCAGAAGAAAGCGUUCUUCAAGCUGAACGACUGCAUCGAGCUGUUCACGACAAAAGAGAAGCUGGGAGCUGAGGAUCCCUGGUACUGUCCGAACUGCAAGCAGCACCAGCAGGCCACCAAGAAGCUGGAUUUGUGGUGUCUGCCUCCGGUGCUCGUGGUCCAUCUCAAACGCUUCUCCUACAGCCGCUACAUGAGGGAUAAACUGGACUCACUCGUCGACUUCCCGCUCAGCGAUCUGGACAUGUCGGAGUUCCUGAUCGAUCCCAACGCCGGGCCCUGCCGCUACGACCUCAUUGCCGUGUCCAACCACUACGGCGGGAUGGGAGGCGGCCACUAUACCGCUUAUGCUAAGAACAAAGACGAUGGAAAGUGGUACAACUAUGAUGACAGCAGCGUGUCUCCUGUCAGCGAGGACCAAAUAGUGUCCAAAGCAGGGUACGUGUUGUUCUACCAGCGCCAGGACACGGUGAAAGGCACCGGCUACUUUGCCCUCGACCGUGAGGAGGAAGAAGGGGAGGACGAAGAGGAGGAAGAGGAAGGGGAGGACGAGGAAAAAGAGGCUAGCGAGCUGCAGGAGAGAAAGCCGGCUUCAGCCACUCAGGGGGCGUCGUCCGCAGCCGGCGCCGAGGGGGAUCUCAACGAGAACAGACGCAGGAAGAACGACAACGACAACCAGCAGGAUGAAGAGGAGGAGGAGGAGGAGGUGGAGGACGACGAAGAAGAGGAGGAGGAGGAGGGGGAGGAAGAGGAAGAGGAGGGGGAGCGCGCGCCCAGCCGGGAUGUAACCAUGAAAACCAACUGAGGUGAACUGGGACAGGAAUCAACGGAGAGAGCUUAUGGGAUCUUUCCAUCCAAAGCCAUAUGGACACACAGCAUGGCAGCGGGCGCCACCGGUCCCACCCAGCAGCUCGGACUCCGCCGCUCCGCGGCCGAGCCACUGCAGGGAUGACGGCUGUUAGUGAGGAAGCUGCCGGGGUACGCAACUCUGAGAAACCUGGGCCUCGUCCGUGGGUGGAUGACUGUGGGUUUGUGUGUCGCCACAUUCAUUUGUUUAGCAUUUGCUCGUCGGCUCUGAAGUCGCCGAACGGCGCCUGGGAUUGAUUUUUGCAGCUUGGACGUCUCCUUUUGCUUUUUUUUUUUUUUUAUAUAUCUCUAUUUUUCCAGCGGUGCAUUGUUGGCAUAUCAUUUUAGUAUUAUUUAGGCUCUGUACAUAUUUUAAACACUGAAUUUUGUUGAGUUUUUCAUGCUGCGCUGAAACAUUUUUGAAGUUGCACAAUCACCAACCAUCCACAUUUUUUUUUUAAUGUAUUAAUGCCAGACAAACUGCAAUCGUUCAACGACUUUGCCGCUCGGAGGGUUUUCUCGGACGAAGAGCUUCGGGAGCUGCCUUUACCAAGUCAGCUGCUGGACGCGUCUACAAUCUAAACCGCUCGUAGUUGUGUGGUUUAAAACCGUGUCAAAGCCAAACUCAAAGCUUUGUAUCGCUGCUGCUGUGACCUUUGAACUUUGGACAGUUAUCAGUGUCCUGGCAUGAGCCUUAGUUGUUUAAGGCGCUGUCUUUGCUGUCUUUCUUUGGUCCUUUUUGUUCAAAAUUUGGCUUUUUGAAUGAAAAAAUCAAAGCAGGGUUAUCUUCAUCCUGCUAACUUAGCAGCUCAGCCAACCUCCUCCUAUUUUUUUCAUAUUUUAGCUGCAUAGAUGAAUUUGAAUAAAGCUGUUUUAGGCCCAAGCGCACCGUCUUAAUCAACCUAACAUAUUGUGCAUUAAAUGCCGUGAAUAAUAGUUAAAAAAUCUACCUGUCAGACUUGGAGACGCUCCUCCACCGACCUUCUUUUCAACCCUCCCCCAGUAUGUGGUAUGUAAAGCUUUACCGUGGCUCUGCACUCUCUUUCUCUUCACAUCCGAGGCGCUGUGAGAUGAGGAACAUCGGUGAUUUCGCUGACAUCAGAUGCAUCGUCUCUUGUUUGGGUCACCUCGGCCUUAACUCCAAAUCUCGCACCAGCCGCCUUUUUCUUUGCACGUCACUUUCACUUCACGCUCCCACGAACCCCCGACACCAACAUGCUUUGUGUCCGAAUGUCCGUCGCAUCUGCUUGCUGUGUCACAGCCAAAUCACCUUAGUCUUUCUUCUUCUCUUUUUUUUUAAAAUCCACAAGAGGGCCAGAAUGUAUGCUGAAUGGAUUGAACACAGACCACAUGUACACGACCGAUGCCUUUUCAUUUUCGUUCCUCCCUCUCAUUGGUUCGGUUGAAUGUGAUGACCUUUCAUGUCGGCUGUAUCAGAUUCAUGGGAAAAUGCUUCUUUGUGAUCUUGGAGGGCGUGACGGGCGUGGGUCGGUAUGGGGGGGUGGGGGGGUGAACUGAAAAACGGUGGGGUGAGUCUUCCUUAAAGGCCUUUUCAGCUUUUGGGAUCAUGAUGCAGUGAGAAGAUUUUGCGGCAGGUCGUCGCAGGAUCUUCCUCUACCGGUGUAUAACUCACGAUAAACUCUAUUCUCCAUGGUGGAGUGUUUUAUGUUUUCUUUUUUUCUAUCUGUUCGCUCCAUUGUAAACAGCACUAGCGUACCUGUCGUUGCCUCAGAAUAUUAGACUUGUACCAAGCCUUUAUGAGCCUCUCUGUGCUUUGACGUCAGCAGGCUUCAUCAGCUCAGCGCUGCCUUGCUUUUAGGGCGACUCACCCCAUCCUGUCUGAGGGAGAUGUGAUUGCUACUAUAUGCUUAUACAAUAUUGUACAGAAGAGUUCACUCUGUGAGUGCACAUUUGAUAAAGUUUAUUUAUUUAUAUGUAAGCAUUUAAUAAUUAAAAAAAACAAAACAUCGAACGACUAUAUUUAAAACCUUGGCAAGGCCUGAGAAGUCACGAGUACACACAAACACAUUAGUUUGACAAUUCUUGUCAGGGAGGGAAUAUUUUUUAAAAUAAAAGGAUGAUUUUUUUUUUUUUUGUAAAAAAUGAAUAAAUAAAUAAAAAGAAUCUAGACAUCCUUGCAUGAUGAUGUGUUGGGGAUUUUGAGGUUUGGCUGCACUUGAGUUCACUUGGGUUUACAUUUGAAAUGUGCAUGUGUAUUUAUACACAAUCUUCAAUAAAGUUGUGUAAAGCUUCCUGGGAAUCCA